UGAAAAAGGCAUGUACCACUUACUGUAUCCACCUCUUUUAGGGUUUUUUCUAUUUCUCCUAAAUUUCACACCAUAGUUCACAUCGAAACUCAAUUAUUCAGCUACUAUAUACUCGAUUGCUCUUCAACUUUACAACUUCUUGCGUCGAUCUUCAAAAAGCCCACUACUUUUCUUCCAGUAAUCAUCCGUUCUUGUGGGUAAAUUAAUGUGGGUGUUUGGGGUUUAGACUGAAAAUUUCGAAUCUAGGGCUUAGAAAAAUUGUGGCGGUAUGGGUUCGGUGGGUGACGAUGGGAUUGCGAAUUUGAUGUCGGCGAGGAAGUCUUUGAAGAUUAAUUUAGAAAAAUCUAGAACCCUAGAGUUAUCGAUUAAAAAAGCUGGCCCUAGAUUAGAAGAGAUUAAUCAGAGAUUACCAUCUUUAGAAGCUGCAGUUCGUCCAAUUCGUGCUCAAAGAGACGCACUUGAUGCUGUUGGUGGUCAUAUAAACCGAGCCGUGGUUCCUGCGGCCGCUGUUUUGAAAGUUUUCGAUGCAAUUCACGGGUUAGAGAAGUCGUUAUCGGAUCCACAAUCUGAUCUUCAAGGGUACCUUUCUGUUUUGAAGAACUUACAGGAGGCAUUGAAGUUUCUUUCGGAGAAUUGUGGGAUGGCGAUUCAGUGGUUAGAUGAUAUCGUUGAGUAUCUGGAGGAUCAUAAUGUGGCUGAUGGACGGUAUACUUCUAGUUUGAAGAAAGCUUUAAAGUAUCUUAGAGAGUUGCAAAGUAAAGAAGAAAAGGGCCGCCUUGAUGGUGGCCUUUUGGAGGCGGCUCUGGAUAGGCUAGAGGUUGAAUUCCGGCGACUCUUGACCGAAAACAGUAUUCCGUUGCCGAUGUCUUCAUCCCCAUUGAAAGAUGAACAAGCUUGCAUAGCCCCGUCCCCUUUGCCGGUUUCUGUGAUUCAGAAGUUGCAAGCGAUCCUUGGGAGCUUGAUUGCUAACAACCGGCUUGAAAAGUGCAAAUCUAUUUAUGUUGAUGUUCGUAGCUCAAAUGUUAGAGCAAGUUUACAGGCGUUAAACUUGGAUUACUUGGAGAUUUCCGUUUCGGAAUUCAAUGAUGUGCAGAGCAUCGAGGGUUACAUAGCCAAAUGGAGUAAGCAUUUGGAGUUUGCAGUGAAGCAUUUAUUUGAGGCCGAAUAUAAGCUUUGUAACGACGUGUUUGAGCGAUUGGGAUUGGAUGUAUGGCGUGGUUGUUUCGCUAAUAUUGCAGCCCAAGCGGGAAUGCUCGCGUUUCUUCAAUUUGGGAAAACGGUCACCGAGAGUAAGAAGGAUCCCAUAAAGCUAUUGAAAUUAUUGGACAUUUUCGCGUCUUUAAAUCGUUUAAGAUUGGAUUUCAACCGUCUUUUUGGCGGAGCUGCUUGUGCUGAAAUUCAGAAUCUCACAAGGGAUCUCAUCAAAAGAGUGAUCGAAGGGGCUUCGGAAAUCUUCUGGGAGCUUUUGGUUCAGGUGGAGUUGCAGCGGCAAGCUCCACCGCCACCAGAUGGCAGCGUUCCAAGGCUCGUAAGUUUCAUCACCGAUUACUGUAAUAGGCUUGUUGGAAAUGAUUAUAAGCCAAUCUUGAACCAAGUUCUAGCCAUCGAACGAAGCUGGAAGCAUGAAAAGUUUCAAGAAAGCCUUCUUCACGACGAGCUUCUUAAGUUAAUUCAAGCCAUUGAGUUGAACCUAGAUUCAUGGUCAAAGGCGUAUAACGAUACAAUCCUUUCGUACGUUUUCUUGAUGAACAACCAUUGGCAUCUUUACAAACAUCUAAAAGGGACAAAGAUUGGAGCUUUAUUGGGUGACCAAUGGUUAAGAGAACACCAAGAUUACACAGAGUACUAUUCUACGAUCUUUUUGCGGGAAAGUUGGGCAAAACUUCCAUCUCAUUUGAGUCGGGAAGGCUUGAUUCUGUUCUCCGGUGGCCGAGCCACUGCUCGUGAUCUUGUUAAAAAGAGAUUGAAAGCUUUUAACGAAGCUUUCGAUAACAUUUACAAGAAACACUCCAGUUGGAUUAUAUUGGAGAAAGAUCUAAGGGAGAAAACAUGCCAACUAAUCAUUCAGGCGAUUGUUCCUGUUUACCGAAGCUAUAUGCAGAACUACGGGCCGCUUGUCGAACAGGAUUCGAGCGCCAGCAAGUACUCAAAGUUCACCGCUCAAUCUCUGGAGAAAAUGCUCAGUUCCCUUUUCUUUCCGAAACCCGUGAGACAUGGCAGCUUCAAAGUCCGGCAAAACAGUAGUAAGUUCAGCAACGGUGUGGAAGAUCAGUAUUCGGCUUCUCCAACGCCUACCGUUGCAUAGAUUAAACCGGAAAAAUGGUUCCUUUGUAUAUAUUGAGGAACUCGACGUGUAAAAGAGGAGGACCCAUAUUCGAUUCUUGAAGUUGCUUUAUCUCUUGAAGCCGCUUUAUGAAGUGGGAGUUUUUCAGUUUCUUGAAGCUGCUUUACGAAAUGGGAGAUUUCGGUUUCUUGAAGCUGCUUUAUGAAAUGGGAGUUUUCGGUAUCUUGAUCUUGCUAACGAGCCACCAGAUCGGAUGACCCAUAUUGCCGUUUUCAGGUUGGUAGAGUUGCUGAACUCUUGAAUCUUGGUAUCUAUCUAUGUUGGUAGACUGUUGAAUCUUGGUAUCUAUGUUGGUUGGAAUCCAUAAUUAUUGGUUCUUUUUUUGGUUAGAAGCAUCUAAGAUUGUUAAAUUUACUGCUGUUCUUGUUUAUGUACAAUUGUUUUGGUAUAAAUCUUUGAACCUUUUAAAUAGAUGGCUAGUUUCUAUCAUGAUUCAUCAAAGAUUCAACUUUCUUGAGAAUAAGAUUUGUCUUCCUGCC